AAAAGUUACCCAAAAUUAAGGAACAAAUGUCUUGACGCAAUGUUCCCGGAACCCACCGCAAGGUGGCACUACACGACGAAAGCUUUGAUGGAACACAACAGAAUAGUUUAGUACAGAUUUGCCUGGUAAUGAUGUGGGAUGUCUAAUUAUCUAUGAUGCUGUCACUCUGUCGAGGUUGUACUGCAUGGAAUACCUUGGAAUGGCCUUAAAAUUGAAGGAAACCAUGAGAAAUAUACCGACCAGCAUUGUUUCUGCCAAAAAAGUGGUAUUUAAUCGAAAAGGCAUAAGAGCCGUGACGUCACAAGUGACCUUGAUCUUGAUUUUGAUGUUACAGGCUAAAACAUGUGGAUAUUUGAGUUAUUUUUGACGUAUUUGUACAUCAUGAAUAAUGUUUGAUGAUGAAUGGGCGAAGUAUUAGUGACAUGGGCAUCUAAAAUAGUGAAAGAAAUGUUAUAUAAUGUAUAUGCGAAUACUGCGAUGAUAAAUGUGGAUAUGGCACGUAGCCCCCGUUUUUAUCGCCGUUUGUACUAACGGUUUGAGUCUGGUGUGAUGUAGCGAGGUAUCAGAGACUUUUCAGAGUACAUACGAUACAACAAGAGGUGGUGAGUUGCUGGGGACGAAGGAGUGUAUGAAUACCAGGAAGGGAGACCUGUUUGGCGGGGUGGCGCGGAAACGGAUCACCUAAUAGUAUCGCAGCCACACCUGCGCCGCUCAUGCAUCUAGACUAGAGUAAAGCUGGAAACCGGAUCGGGGAAACUCCACUACACUGUACCAGGGAAGAGAGUGAAAAAAAAAAAAAGCUGGAGUUAAUUUUUGUUAUGUGGUGCUUUUAAGUUUUGUUUUAUUGUUAUUAUUAUUAUUAUUAUUAUUAUUAUUAUUAUCAUCAUUAUUAUUAUGUUUUCACCAGGCCUUGUCAUUUGAAAAUAACAGGAGCGCUGUUUUUCACUCUUGUCAAACUUGUUAGGGGUGCAAAAUCACUUGUCAUGUAGCCUAUAGUUGAUUGAUACAGUAUGUGUCAUUUGAUCCACUGUCAAUCCCAUUCAUCAUGGCUUCAAAUAAGCUUCGUUACAAAAAGAGCCACUUGUCGCUGCCCUUCCAUAUCAUUGCCUAGAGAAUUAUUCAUGGAACAAGUAUUCAUGCUUUCCUGAUAACUCUUCUUCUUUAGUGCAAUAUAAAGGCACUGAAGCAAUUUCCUGAUUGUCACCAAGCCAUAGAGCCUACUCAAUUACUAGUGUACCACUGGGUUUCAAUCAGCAUUUUUAACUGCAUGACUUUCUUGUUUUCAAAUAACACAAUAAAGUACAUGUACAUGUGCAUGUUCAUUUCCUCUUCCCUUUCAGCAAUAAGAAGUCUCUGUCCAAUUCUACCAUACUGCCCAGUGUGUGCAAUCAUCAUCUGCCAACGUAACAUUAUUGCCCUCCACACACUGCCACUGGAUCUUUAAAGCAACAAGAAGUGGUCAUCCCAUUUCACUAACCUGGCUCUGCUUUGGAUCUCUAAUGCAACAAGAGACACUUCCACCACCCUGCCCAGGCUUCAUAUUUCUGCCUUCAAUUCCGAUUGCCAUCUUCACACAGUGUGCAUUGUUCGUCAGCAACACCUAGUCAUCAUCCCAUUCCAACAUCCUACCCUUUCGUGAUCCUGCAACCUUCAAUUCUGUUUGCCAAAUCCACUUGUUAGCACUGGAUCAUCAGGUAUGUAACGCCUUGGCAUCACAGGCAAGUACUAAUAGCUUGUAGUCUCCUGUUUAACCAUUAUAUUUACCUUGGUUUACUUGCCGUCCAGACAAGUGGGACAAUCUAUUCUUCACAAUCUGGGCCAAAUGUAUGUUUAACAUCAUGUAGUUUGAAAGGCAUUAGCCAAAAUUGUGCCAUCUCUAAGAAAAAAUCAAUGAAGGUGACAUUUCCAGCAGUACAGACAACCGUGUUCACAGCUCAUCAACUUAACAAAGCAUCUCAGCCUAAUUUCCUGCCUGGCAUUUUCAGGUACAUGAAACAAUACAUAACACUUGCCUUAAUAAAUCAUUACAUCGUGAGUUAUUUUAACAUGACUGUUUUCAUUGCUGUCUUCAUGCUCUCAUCCCACUAAUCUACUACUCCAUUCUCUUCUUUGCAGGCUCUUCAAAACAUAUACAGUAUGUCUGCAAUCUCAAACUGCUCCAUCUGUCAACGUUCAUCAUCUUCACAGUACACUAUCCACAUUGGUCACCAGCAUACAAUGGCCAAAUUGUCAAAAGACAGUUUGGUGACAAACAGGGCAUGGUUGUUGGGUUACCAACCUGUACACUAUGUGCUUCCUUCAUUUGCCCUGCCAGUGAACACAACAAACGAUUACCAUCUUGGUGUCAUGCAUGGCCAGCAUGUAUUUGGACAUGUCUUACUUCCCCAGAGUAUACAGACCCCAACAAAUUCAUGCAAUUCUUGCCACAUUCAUUGAGACAACUUUGGCUUCCUUUAAUCGAACAAUGGCUGCCAGCCAUGCGCAAUGCUAUUGACACACCACCACACUUUCAGGAUGUAACACCUCACUUGCAAAAUAUCAAGGCUCACUUUGAAAGUGGGGCACUUAGUCAAGUCAUCAAAGCCCUUAAUGACUAUUGUUAUCCCACAGUACGUUGCCCUGUUGGUUGCUUCAUGUUCACUGAUGACCUCCUGAGAGACAGGCUUACUCUUGCCCCAGCAACCCAUUACCUGGCCACCAUAUGCCCCUCCUUUCGUGCUUUUGAAUCUGAUGAUCACUUUGAUUGGACUCGUCCUUAUCAGGACCUCUCAUGGCAAAGUGCUCCAAGCCUACUUGUUGAUGAAAAAGGCUUAACAUUUCUUAUGUGCUCAUCUACUGUGCAUUGCCCGCCACGUAUCAACAGACUUCAUGUGCCCACCAACCCAGUCCUAAAAAACUAUGUGCCUUCAGCGCCUGAUGUUCUAGCUCCAGCAGUCCUCACCAACAACAUGUGCCGACCAGCCACUGGCAACACUUCAGGCCUUUCUACCUUUCACUUGUCAUCCAAAGUGCAAACAUACACUCCAUCACCAGAGAUUACUGCUGCCAAAGGCUUGGUGUUACAGCAUCGGCCAGAUAUUUUACAUGCAGCACAGCAAAGCACUCAAGUGGCCUCAACAAUUCCACCAAUACUUGAUUACUACAUGUCUGCUCCUGACCAUCCGUGCCUUCCACAAACAGACAGGUUCAUACAUUGA